UCCCUAAUUAAGCUGUAAGGAAACGCCUUUGUGGAUUUAUGGACGCGCAUCAAAGAGGUCAACUUCAGCCAUUACUCUUGCCUGAUUUAAAGGAGACUGGUAAAGAGUUAGGCCGUGGAGCUUAUGGUGUUGUUACUGAAGUAAUAGUUAGUGGAACAACCUGUGCUGCUAAGAAGCUUCAUGAUGCUAUUGUACAGAGCUUUACUUUGAGAAGAUUUGGUGAUGAGGUGCUUCUUCACAGUCAGCAAAGGCAUCCUAACAUUGUCCAGUUAAUUGGUGUCUAUUAUCCUCCUCGUUCACAAUUACCAAUGUUAGUAAUGGAGUAUCUUCCUUUAUCACUCACACAAUGUCUGGAGAGAGAAGAGCUACCACUUCAAAUGAAGUAUUCUAUUCUUCUUGAUGUUGCUAAGGGUUUGUGUUAUCUUCAUGGUAAACGUCCUCCUAUUGUACAUCGUGACCUCACUGCUAAUAACGUGUUACUGACCUCUUCAUACUCAGCUAAGAUAUCAGAUCUAGGAGUAUCAAGAUUAGCUGAUACCUUUAAAAAGCAUCACCUCACUACAGCACCUGGUAAUGCUAUGGUAAUGCCACCAGAAGCUCUUAAAGAUAUUCCGGUAUAUGAUCACAAGUUAGAUGUAUUCUCUUAUGGUUGUCUCAUUCUUCAUGUACUUACUGGUCAAUUCCCUGAGCCUACAGACCAGUUUGUACCUGAACCAGGAAGGAAGGAUUUGUUCAAAAGAGUAUCAGAAUGGGAUAGAAGAUCAAACUACAUUAAAAGUAUACCAAAAGAGAAUGAGCUCCUUCCUUUAGCUAAGGAUUGUCUCACUGAUGCUCCUACUAGUAGACCAGAAAUGAUCGACUCUUAUGUAUUUGUGGAGAAGGUUUUAUCAAAAUAUCCAAAAAUUAAAAGUAUGACGGAAUUAAUGAAAGAAAAUGAAGCAGCAGAAAAACAUAUUUGUGAAUUAGAUGCAGAACUUAAAGUAUUGAAAGCUAAGAACAACGAACUUGAGAAACAACUGACAGCCGAUAAUGAACGACUAAUGGGAAACUAUGACCAACUGAGAGAAAGCUUGAGAAAUAUUUUAUCACAAGUGACAGGCCUACAAAAUGCUCUUUCAUUAAAAGAGAAGGAAUUUAACGAUUGCACUGAAGUACUAAAGGAAAUGAUUAGAAGCAGGGAUGAACAACUAGUUAAACUACAACAAAACAACAUGGAUCAACUGAAGAAAAAAGAAUCUGAUUUAAAAGAAAAUCAUUUGAUAGAGCUUGCUACAAUGAAGGAGGAGUAUGAAGCAAAGCUUUUGACUGCAGCAAAAAAACAUGAGCAGCAACUUUCUAAAACAUGUGAAGAAUGUGAGAUAAGAGUAGCAGAAGUGAUGAAGGUGUUUACAGUGGAAUCAAGACAAGCACUUUUAAAUGCCACUGUAUCAACAAAUGAAAUACUAUCAUCAUUGCAGUCUUUACCUUUAGCCAGCAUUCCUUCAUAUCAAACUCAAAAGGAGUUGAUUCAACCUGUCUUGUCACAGCGUCUGAAAAAAGGAGACAAAUGGUGUCUUGUUGAUAAGGAUUGGUUCAAGAGGUGGAAGAAAUACACUGGAUUUGAUUCAAUGGAUCAAGAGACUGCUGGACUACCAAGUGGUCAUCCAGGACCAAUUGACACUGCUAUUUUGUUUAAAAGCAAUGUAUCUGAAGCACUGAAUGAUCAUCUAAUGGAGGAACUGGACUAUGCACUACUACCUGAGCCUGCAUGGAAUCUUUUACUGAGUUGGUAUGGACUAUCAGUAGGAUCAAGACCUAUUAUUAGGAAUGUAGUAGAGUAUGGAACAUAUUUUAAGCACUUGGGGGUUGAGGUUUACUUUAUUGAUUUAAAAUUAUGUGUACAUCCUCACACUACUGAUAUUAAAACAGGUUCAUUUAGUCGAGCGGAUACAAUCAGUCGUUUAUUCUCAGUAAUAAAGGAACAGUUCAAUAUUCCUGAUACUACUGAAUGUAGACUGUGGCAACGUUACAUGGCAAACAGUUAUGAAUUAUUAACAAAUCUUAGACAAACAAUACCAGAUGCUGGUAUAUAUGGAGGACAAAUGAUAUUACUGGAAAUAAAAAAUCCAGAUGGUACUUGGUCAAGAACUGUGCAACAUUCAGCUAUUCAGACUUCCUCAAGUUCAUAAUAUACUUGUAGUUCCUCAAAUAAUUGGGAUGUCAUUUAAUAUAUGAAUUUUAAAUUUUA